AUGAGUGGCGUGGACGUGGAGGCGAUCGCCCAAGAGCUCUUGAAGAAGCAAGAUCCGCUUACCCGAGAAGAGAUCUUGCAGCUCGCCUUCAACUUGCCUGAUCAAGGACAGCGCAAGGCUGCGAACGAGCGAGGCAGCGCCUUCUUUGCUGGCGCCUAUCGGCAUGGCGGGAUCACGCGGCUUAGGUCGUCCUGCCACUCGUGGCCUUGGUCUAUUCAGGCGAUCGCGCGGUACAUCCAGCAAAAGGUGCCGGAGAACGUGUUCACGUCGUUCGCAGUUCUAUGUGAUCAGGAGGCUGAGCCUCACCGUGACUCGGGCAACGAGCCUGUCCCCAACGUGGUGAUCAAGCUCAGUGAUUUCCGAGGGGGCGGGCUGUGGAUCGAGGACCCUCUCGGGCUCGACCGGCGCGAGAUUGACGGUCGUGCUAUACAGGGUACAAACACCGACUUUGUACAAGAGACGAUCGUCUUCAAUGCAAAAGAGGCCCUGCACAUGGCGUCGAUCGUCUGGGAAGCCACCCUUGAGGAUGUUGAAGAAGGAGCCGCGAUCGGGCCUUUCUUCGAGGAGUCGGAGGUCGUCCAGAAGAACAAAGUUCGAGGAGUUGAUAGCGCUACCUCGAACGGGAUUAACAUUGCGACCGUCGUGACAGAGAAGCUCGAGCUUCCGUCUACGGAUGCGAAUGUCGCGGUGAUCAAGUGGCUGCGCUCGCGGCUCCCUGACAAGCCUCUUCGGGGCUGGGUCUUGGACGAGCAUCGGGCCUACCGUCAGGUGCCCAUUUCCCCGGCUCACAGGAAGUGGAGCGUGGUGGCCCUGAAAGAUCCCCAUAACUACAACCGACGGUCGGCGGCCAUCACCGACGUUCUUCGGCGCGUGUUCUUCGUGGCCGGGUUCAACUUCUACGACGACAAGUACGGGUUCGAACCGGAGGCCACGGCUGCGAGCGCGUUCGCGCUCGCGGAAAAAGUGCACUGGUGGCUGGGGGCCAGGUUCGACCAGCAAAAGCUUCAGCUGUGCUCGGACCCUACGAUUCUCGGCGUCACCUACGACCUUGGUCAGUACCUUCUUAAGAUCAAGAAGUCGCGGAAGACGGAGCUCUUCGAUGAGAUCUCCAUGAUCCUCAAGCACGAAGAACUCUCCCCAGGUCAGGCCGGGAAGCUCCGCGGCAAGCUCAUGUUCGGGGCUUCUCAGCUGUGGGGCAAGAUCGGACGAGCUUUCCUGAGAGCGCUGUCCGAUCGGCAGUACUCUCGGAAGACUUCGGCUACCGCUCUGCCGAUUCCCAGCUCGGGGCCCAGGAAGACCGACGUCGUGAUCUUCACGGAUGGCUCAGCUCCGAGUACGAACCCGAAGGAUCCGGCUACUGAGAUGAUUGGAGGAGUCAUGUUCACCCGGGACGAUCUGCCUAAGCAGUUCUCCUCGGAUGUUCCGAAGCUGAUCAUGCAGAGAUGGUUCCCUAGGAAAACGCAGAUCUGCAUGAUUGAGUUGCUCGCUGCAGUCGUAGCCGUUCAGACUUUCCGGGAAGAGAUCCGUGGAAAGCUGGUUGUGUUGUUCAUUGAUUCGGAGCCGGUCGAAGCAGCCUUGAUCAAAGGUAUUCGGACAAGGAAGACGUUUGCGAGCUCGUAG